UAUGUCUUGGAUGGGGCGUUUCGAAUAUCGCUUGGCGUGCGUGGCUUCCUGGUGAUUAUCAUAGACAUAGAUACUCCUGGUAACCUUAACCUUAUACACUGAAAAAAUCACAAAGUAUAUCAAUAGACAAAAUUACUUCGAUAUACAUCUGUUUUCGGUAUCCUUUCCUGCUAUUUACCCCAUACAAACACACACACACACACAUACACACACACACACACAUUCCUCAAACACCAAAAUGCAUUUCCCCGCUCUCCUCGCCGACCAGCGCUUGACCCAACUUCAACAUCUCAGUAACUCCCAUGGUCCAUACUCCAGUAACUGCAAAGCUACACACACAUCUCCCAUUCAGAUAUCAUGUGUCAUUUUGAUAUUUCUGGGUAUGUUGGCAAAGGCUGCUUUUGCUAUUGAGAGCCUUGAUUGGAUGGAUUGUGAGUAUAUAUUUUCUAAGUACCUAUAUAUAUAUAUCUAUUCGAGUGCCGAAAUGAAUCUUCAACUAAUUAAUCGGAUGUUUUUAGAUACUAUUAUCUGUAUUCUGGUAUGUAUUGUAAGAUCUUAUAUGAUACUUGAAUGUAUAUUUUAAAAUAUUGAUUAACUCACACGAAUAUCAGACUGGAAUUUGGUAUUCGAGAAGACGUCCAACUACUUAUGUGGUUUUGUGAUGGACCUUGGUUUUGAUGUUGGCGUUGUGGUAGGACGAAGGAGCAUGAAAUACUGCUGGGGUCACGGUUAUGGUUUGGGUUGGGGAUAGGGUUCUGGCUGCGUUUUUGUUUGGAUGGAUGAGCUGGAUGGUAUUAUAUGGAUAGGAUGGAUACAUACAAAUUAUGGCGCAAGGG